AAGCUGAUAUAUGGAGUCCUCAUCAGAAACAUCAAGCAGAAAAAACACAGUAUUUCCUGCCAUGAAGCUACAUCCAUCUUCUUCCACUCGAAGAGGGCGAUGCACUGCACCAUAUUCUUUUUCCUCAUCAAUUUCCUCUUCUUCUCCUUUUAUGUCCUCCUUUACUGUCCCCGACCGUGAUGAUUCCCCUGCCUCCACCCCGUUUCGAUUUUCGGGUGUCCCAUUUUCAUGGGAACAUGUUCCUGGAAUUCCAAAGAAGCAAAGCUUGAACUGCAAGAAGAAGGAACACUGCAGCUCAUCAUCACUUAAGAAUCUCCCAUUGCCUCCUACAACUGCUCAUCAAGCUCCGAAAAAGAAGCUCUCAUUCAACUCCAAGCAGACUACUACAUUUCCGAAAGAUCCUUUCGUUGCGGCUUUAGUUGAGUGUUCCAAGGAGGAAGAAGAAGAUGAAGAAGAUCAAUAUUCCAAGAACAGUGAUCAUCAAGCUGACAUGUUCCAUUGGAGUGCCAAGGUAACGAGAAGCGUGAGUGACAGGUUUGGAUUUGUCAAUCUUUAUGCAUCGUCUUGUAAAAGAAGUUGUGCGGUUUCUGAAUCUAUCAUACAUGCUCCGAGGCCGAUGAGUAGAACCUCCUCUAACUACGAUCUAAUUAGUCACCGUUCCAGUUCCCGAUGAGUUUGUCAUCAUCAUCACUGGCUCAGACAAACAACAAUAAAAAUCUUUGCUGUGCUGUCUCAAAGAUUUGUGCAUUAUAUAUAAUUUAUGUAUGUGUUUGUUGCCAAUAUCUUGAUCAAGAUGAUCUAUAUUAUAUGUGAUGCUCUUUGCUGUAUGUCAUGUGAUGUGUGUGGCAGCAUGAGUGAAAUUUACACUAUCCCAUGUGGUAGAACUGUACAAGUAGUCGAAGUCGACUCUUGUCUGCAGCAGGCUAGUGACAUUUUUAUAUAUAUCUUCCUCUUAAAAAGAAUAUGAUGAGGUUGUGUUGCAGCACACUUCGA